CACAAUAAGAAAAUACAAAGAGAGGCCCUCCCUCCCUGUUUGAAUGAGGACUUAAUGUUUGGGGAAGCAGGAGCCAUUUUGUAUCCAAGAAGGAAAGGCCAAGACAAUCUGAGAGACAAACCAGACCCCUAUCACUGAACUCAAGGACCCCUGGAAGCUAACAGUUUCAAAGUUUUGUAAAUAGUAACUCUAUGGGUGCCUUUUCCCCGGUAGGGAAGGAGGUGCCCUGCUUCAAGUCUUCCCAGUUAAACUGAAGUUUUAACAGAAGGAGAUUGCCUGUGAACAGCCAAAAGUCAGUACAACUGAAAUAUGGCAGUUCAUCCCAGUACAUUUCCUGGAACACUUGCUCCUGAGAACAGUUUACUCUCAAAAUUAAAGUACUGGGAUAAUGUUUACACACAUGAUUUCUGUCUUUUCCAGUUCAUACAGUGAAGACACCAUUUGUUCUUUUAGAAAGUCAAUCAGUGAACAAACAUUUAUUCAAAAGCUAGUAAGUCCCAGGUACUACUAUGUGCUUGAUACUAAAGACACAAGAUGGAGUCCCUGCCCUCCUGGAGACAAACAUGAAGCAAAUAUUCCACCAGGAAGUAGUGACACUUAAGUGUGCCCUGAGAGUAACUGGGAAAUAAGCCUAUGGAUGGUAGCAGUGGUCAGAGGAAGCUUCCCCAAGGGAGGAACAAGUAAACUAUUCAAGAUUAUUCAGAAUUUUUCAAUUGAAAAAUGAAGAAAGUAGGGGUGGAGAGGAGGAGACACCAAGAAAUGGAGGCAGUAGAAAUUAUGGAAGUUGGCAAUUGAUGUGGAAGUGAAAGUCAAGGAUGGGCUACAGGGUGAUGGAGCACAUUCAUUAGUGUGGUCAAUUGUAAAAAAAUGGAUCCAUUCUCUACCCCUCUGCAUUCCAGUGCCUCUGCAGCUCUCUCCACCGAGGAGUGGAGUGUUUUUCCCUACCUCUUGAAUUUGAGCUGGCGUUAUGACUUGCUUUGGCCAACAAAAGAGCAAAGGUGAUGGGUUCAUCUCUGAGACUAGGUCUCAUGAGGCCUUUUCCACUUCGUCACUCUCUUGAAACCUUUCUCAGCCACCAUGAGAAUAAGCCCUGGCUAGCCUGCUUGAUGAGCAGAGACAUGUGACUCAAUUACUGUCCCUCCCUUAUCACAGCUGACUGGCAGCCAGGUGCAGGAUAAUGCCAGUUCCUCAAGCCCUGUCAGCUCUGCAGAGGCAUGAGAGAGCCAGCCAAGAUCAGCUGGGACUGGUGUAGUGUAGGAUAACCACCCCAUUGAUCUUUAGACAUGUGAGCAAAUAUGAGGGGUCAUUGUUUUAAGCCAAUUGUAUUUGUGUUUUUUUUUUUUUUUUAAGGCAGCAAAAACUAGCUAAUUCAACCAGGAUAGAGGGAGGAGUGAGUAAAGGAAGGGUGUCUAAUAGGCAAUUGGACAUAAGAGGCUGGAAUGCAGGAGGCCAGAAGCAUAAGGUAAAACUCCCAAGGCUCUGCCUUGCCAGGGUGGGCCCAGAAACCCAUGACCAGGCCAUAUUUCUCUUUUGUGUUCUCUUGCACUCUCCACCUCACCCUAAACUCCACUUUACACCUGGAAGUCAGUACUGGAAUGAAUAGAGAAGCACUCGCAUGAUUCAAGUGCCUAGGUCCUGAGCCAGAGCUUCCAGCCCCCUAGCCCAUGGAAUGCAUAUGGGAGUGUUGAUGAGUCAAUGCCGCUAGUGCCAGCUGAGGAGCAAACAAGUAGUAAUGCCUCCAGGGGCCUUCACAGAUCUGCAGCCUGGUCACAGUGACUACCGUUCCCUUGUACUGCUACUAUGAGCUCUCUCCCAUCCCCUUUUCCCUAAUAUUGUCAUCCCUCAUCACCUUUUGAAAAUAAGAAGCAACGUUUGGCAGGAAUUUACCUCCCACUGUUGGCAGAAACAUCCUACUGAAAACAGUUUUCUCUCUUCCUUUCCUCCUCCAGCUCCUAACUCUGAUCUCAGGUUCCCUUCCUCGUCUAUUGACUCAGGAUGGCCUCUGCGGGCUGGAGGAGGCCACCGGGCUCAGGCUUAGGCCGGCGAGAGGCCGCCCCGCACUCUCGGGACAGUGCCUGCACUUCCAGCUUCUGGGCGCCCUGAGAUGCGCAGGUCCCCGAACCCAGAGCGUCAGGCGGCGGGGAGUGCGCCAGCCCGCAGCGUCGGCCUCCCGCUCCCGCCCGCCAACCCCGGGGGAGGGCGGGGCAGGGGAGGAGCCUGAGGCGGCGCUGCGCCCCGGAGCGGAGUCCUUUAAAAGCCGCGGGCGGUGGCGGGGACAGCGCGGCGGUGCGCCCGGCCCCGGUACCCGAGUCCCCGCGCUCCCGCUCGCCAGCCACCCCGCUGCGGCCGCGGCUCGCUGCGCGGCUUGUGCUUCGGCGGCCGGACGCGCUCCAUGCGGCCGCCCAGCAUGUCCGGGCACUUUCUGCUCGCGCCCAUCCCCGAGUCCUCCUCCGACUACCUCCUGCCCAGGGACAUCAAACUGGCCGUGCUGGGCGCCGGCCGCGUGGGCAAGAGCGCAAUGAUUGUGCGCUUCCUAACCAAGAGAUUCAUCGGCGAUUAUGAACCGAAUACAGGCAAGUUGUACUCACGGCUAGUGUGUGUCGAGGGCGACCAGCUGUCCCUGCAGAUCCAGGACACCCCCGGGGGAAUCCAGGUCCAAGACAACCUCAUGCAGGUGGUUGACUCCCUGUCCAAAUGCGUGCAGUGGGCAGAGGGCUUUCUGCUGGUCUAUUCCAUCACAGACUAUGACAGCUACCAGUCGAUCCGCCCCCUUUACCAGCACAUCCGGAAGGUCCACCCUGACUCAAAGGCCCCUAUCAUCAUCGUGGGCAACAAGGGGGACCUUCUGCAUGCCCGGCAGGUGCAGACUGAUGAUGGUGUUCAGCUAGCCAACGAGCUGGGCAGCCUGUUCCUUGAAAUUUCCACCAGUGAAAACUAUGAAGAUGUCUGUGAUGUGUUUCAGCAUCUCUGCAAAGAAGUGAGCAAGCUGCACAGCCUCGGCGGGGAGAGGAGAAGGGCCUCCAUCAUUCCUCGGCCACGCUCUCCCAACAUGCAAGACCUGAAGAGGCGCUUCAAGCAGGCUCUGUCUCCCAGGGUCAAAGCCCCUUCCGCACUGGGGUGAACCCGCCCCGGACAGACUACCUCCUUUUUAUUAUGCAUUUGUGCAGCUGAAAAGACUGGGGAGGAGGUCUCCUUUUUAAUCACACAUUCAGAGUUUAUUUUUAUACAAACUAUUGGUUUGCAAAUUGUAUGUGUAUUUCUGAAAAUUCAGUGAUUGCCUAGAACUUGAAGAGUUGUUUUUUUAAAUAAAACUUUUUUUUUUUUUACUGUAACUGCUAGCCACUCUUCCAUUAAAGGCAAAAUGGCAACAUUU